GGUCUUAGUUCUACCUAUUUCAUUUUGACAUUUACUCGUUUUGAAGAACCGAAAAUAUAUUAAUUUUAUUAUCCGAAAGUAAAUAGAUCAAAUAAAUGGCAGCCCCUGCGACUAGUCGGACCAUUGGUCAAUUAUUAAAACAGGGAUGGAAUGAAAUCCCUGAGAUUUUGGCUUCUACAGGCUUAGCCGUUGUUGGUAUCGCGAUGGGCACAAUCGGGUGUUACAAUUACGUAAAAAGUGAUGGGGACAACAGAAGAUACAAAAAUAUUUAUGUUAUAAUGAGACCCGAUGACCCACGAGUUGAAAAGAUCCGCAAAAACUAAGAUACUUUUGUAUUAUAAGUGAAGUGAAAAUGUAGUUGUCAUUAUGUAAUAUUACAGUGCUUUUAUUGAAA